CCUGCGAAGAUAUCUGAAUUCUCUGAGUUUGCAGAGAUUUGUUGCUUUAUUAACCACUUCGGAGAAAAACUCGGCGUUCUGCUCACCUUUCCUCGAAUCGCUCGUCUUUUGUCAUGCGAAACAGAUGGUAGUCUCUCCCUUAAUGCAACUCUAUGUUUUAACAUUGUUGGGCUUACCCCGUCGUUUAACCCUUUAAGCCGAUCUACAAUCUCUGACUACUCUGGUACUUUGGGUCGAUUUUUGCAGCGUCAUGCGUACAACUGUGACGAACUUAAGUCGGUUGGUGAUGGACUCAAUAACGGUAGUCUACCGACUCUCUUCUUCUCCCUUCCUCCGCAGCUACGUCUCCGUGUCCUCCUCUUCUGUCUGGAGACUCAAUUCCAUCUUAAUGUGCCUUUCAAGGAGAAGGUGAAGACUAUGGACUCGCAGACUCUUCGAACCCCGCCUUUGGGUGUGGACAUCUUUGGCAACUCCUAUUGGCUCCUCGUAGACACAGAAUGCAAUUUCCUUCUCUAUCGCUCCUCUGCAGACGACAUGAAUUUAGAGCUACUCAGUGAUUCGUUCUCCACUCUUGAGACUGUGAUUGACGAUCUCAAAGAUGAGAAAUACGAACAGACCCCCAUUUCGGAGCUGUACUCAAUCUUUCGCGUCUCUGCUAAGCAGGAACCUCCGGAUUUAAUAAACUUUCCAUCUCCUCCAACUCUUCCGGAUAUCGUGGCACCAAAAGACGCCAAACUUGAUGACACGAACGCUCAUGUUAAGUCAGAAGUGGUGGAACCUCAGGAAAGGAAAUCUGAGGGAACUGAACGGGAAGAGAAAGGGAAGACAGAGGAGCAGACUACUGCAACGUGUUUGGAGACACCUGCAGAACAAGUUGACGAGAAGCCAGCUUCUGGGGCGCUCGCUAGCUUCUUUUUUCAACUUUCAAGCGUCAAAACCGAAGAACCUCAGGAGACAAUCGGUCUCCGUCGCAGUGGUCGAAAGCGCAAGCAGGUGGAAUUUCUCGCGAUGGAGUCCUUCAACAAAGGCACAAAAUCGCGAGGCAAGAAGUCCAUCUCCAUUUCGACAUCGAAGAAAUGUCGACGAAAGGAAGGGAAGUUAAAAAAGGAUAAGUUUCGAAAGAAAAAGGCAUCAAAAAAGCGAAGAAGACGUUGUCGAGGGAAAAAAUCCCGAAAUGGUCAUAAUGGCAACAGCGGGUGUUUGUGGACUCGUUCUCCCGAAGACUCUGAAACGGACAAUGAGGAGGAUGAGGACGACGAUAUGUGGAACGAUACCGGCUCGAAUGAUCCCGAUGAUAGUGGGUCCUCCCUUCAGGAUGGGGAAAAACAAUCACCUCGUGAUUGGUUGGAGGAACUUGAAAGUGAUUUUGACUUAGACGCUGAGGAUGGCGGUGACUUGGGCAUUGUAGCUGGACGAAACCUUCAGCGUCAAAAGUCCCAGGUUUUGGAUGAGGCGCCGUGCCAGAUUUGCACCAAAUCAAAUCAUCCAGAAUGGCUUCUCCUCUGUGAUUCCUGUGAUCUUGGAUUCCAUGCUCAAUGCCUUCGUCCAGCUCUUCAUCUCAUCCCUGAAGGUGACUGGUUCUGUCCACGCUGUCUACACACUCGGUUGGUCUCUGCUCUUGUUGAGCAAUUUUCUACUCUCCAAGCACGCAGCAAGAAAUUGGACAGUGCUGCAAGGAUGCAGGAACGCUUGAAUUUUGUCAACAUCAGCGUCACAAACAUCUUACGAGAUGAGCGAACGCGUCGUCCAGUUGUAGACAGUGAUUCCUCGUCUGUCGAAAGUGAAGAGAGUUCUCACCGAGCAAGACGCAAACGUUCGCGUUACUACGAGAGUAGUGGCUCCACUUCUGAUGAAGUCUCAUCCUCUGAAGAAGAGGGUGAUGAUGACGAAGAAGAUGAGGAGGAGGAGGAAGAGGAGGAAGAAGAAGACGAACUACCCACUCGUACAACUCGUCAUCGGAAUGUUCACUACAAUGUGAAUGCUGCAUUUCAGCAAUUGGAUGAAGUGUUGGUGGAGGACGAGAAGUAUGCACAGGAACGUUUGGAGCGCAGCAAGGCCAAAAACCAGCACAGCGAUCGUGAGGAGACGGGUGAGGACAGGGACACGUCAUGUGGAGGACCUCCAAUGCCUGGUUCUGUGGUACUGAAGACUGCAAAACGGAACAGACUCUCUUCCUCUUCGGCAUCUUCUGCCUCAGAUAGUCGAGAACACAGCAAACGUCGACGACGUGUCUCACCUGGAAGUGAGGAAUUUCGGCCUUCCGAGGAAAGUGAAAAUGAUGAUGACGAAGAGGAGGAAUAUGAAGAAGAGGUGGAGCCCAACUCCUCAUCGGUGGAGUCGGUUUCAUCGGAUCAAAGUUGGAAAGUUGAUCGUAGACGACGGAGUGGGCGCCAUAGAAGAGGUGCUCGAAGGUCCAAACAUCUCCGUGGUGGGAGACUGGGUAAGGGAAGACGUGGACGUCGGAUUCCACACUUUGAAGGUCCGUCUAGUGAUGAAGAUGCUGAAGACAGCGUUCCCCUUAGACGCAGUUCAAGAGUUCGCGUAAACUAUAAAGAAAUAGAAAGCUCGGAAGAGGAGGGGGACGAAGAAGAAGGAGGAAGGGAAACCACAGUUGGAAGGAAUCCCUCGGGAAGAAGAGCUAAUGCUAUUUCUUCUGGUAGUGAAUAUGCUCCGAGCGAGGAGGCGGAAGCCUUUGAAGAAGAGGAGGAGGAAGGAGAAGCCGAGGACAUUGGAAGUAUCGAACCUUCUUCUUUGUUAGCUGCAAAAAUUCCAUCCAUCAUCCCCACGGCUCCGAAGGCUGAAAUUUCCCAAAUUUCCAAUCCGGUAGCUACCUCUCAUGAAGUGGGUGAUGGGAAGGAACCGCAAAUCGAGGAGGAUCCUAUGGAUUUGGUAAAGGAUGACCCUAUCUUUCAAAAUUUCGUGAUUGAUGAACUGGUCCUGCCAAUUCAGGAGACGGAGAAUACCUCUGAGGUGCAGCAAGGCAGUCCCACACUUUGA